AUGAAAGCUCCCACAACUCCGCUACGGACUCUUCUCCGCAAACCCAUCCCUCAUCCAUAUCAAUUCCUGCCCGCAGUUACGAUAGCAACUUCAAUAUCCCACUCCCACAAUGCAACCUUCUCCGUCCUCAACCGCCCACCCCCCAACUACCCAGGCCACGUACCCUUAACGCGCCUCGAGCGCGCCGCUCUCGCUCUCGGGUCUGGCAUCCUGUCCCUCCGGGACCCCCACCGGGGCGACCUGAUCGCCGCCUUGGGCGAAGCAACCGCAACGCCCUACUUCAUUCACCGUCUCCACCGGGCGAUGCUUUCCUCACUGACUGGCCGCCGUAUCCUGCGUGACCGCCCCCGCAUCACCUCGCAGUCGCUCAACCUCCCUUAUUUGCGCAGCUUACCCACUAACACCGUGGGCGGGACUUACGUAGCGUGGCUCGAUCGCGAGGGCGUGUCCCCCGAUACCCGCGCCGACGUGCGCUACAUCGACGACGAGGAAUGCGCAUAUGUCAUGCAGCGGUACCGGGAGUCGCACGACUUCUACCAUGCCCUAACGGGGCUGCCUAUCGUGCGUGAGGGCGAGGUGGCGCUCAAGGCGUUUGAGUUCGCGAAUACGCUGUUGCCUAUGACGGGACUGUCGCUAUUGGCCGUUGGGACGAUGAAGCCGGUCGAGAGGGCGCGGUUUUGGUAUGUGUAUGGGCCGUGGGCGGUCAAGAAUGGGCUGAAGAGCCAGGAGGUCAUAAACAUUUAUUGGGAGGAAGAGAUGGAGACGGAUGUGCAAGAGUUGAGGGAUCGCUUGGGGAUUGAGCAGCCGCCAGAUUUAAGGGAUAUACGGAAGCGCGAACGUGAGGAGAAGAGGAGGGCGAAGGAGAGGGCGAAUGGGAAUCCUGCUGCUCCGGCUGUUGCGUGA